AUGUUAUCGCGUAUUAUCAUUAAUCAUUUCUUAUAUGAUUCUUGUCCUGCAGCUGAACUUCCAGAUCAAGACUCUCCUAUUGAAUCUGAUGUAUUUCAGAUGUUCAUCAAAGACCUGAAGCAAAAAAGGAACAAUUUUCGUGUUGUUAAUACAAAUAAGAUAACAUAUAGAGAAUUUAUCUCUUCAUUCAUGAACAGCAUAGUAACUCAUGUGCGAUCAAAAGAAAGUAAUGUGGUUGUUUUGGUUAAAAAAGCUAAAAAAGAAGAUUUUGAGAAGAUAGCCGUUCAGAAUAUUAUACAAAUACAUAGUGCUAUUGAGAUAGGAAAAUGA